UAUUGAGCCUGUGCUACUUACUGCUAUACAUUCACAUUCUGAUCAAUUUUCUACAACAUAAUGCAUUUCAUCAAGGCUAUUGAUGAUUUUGUUCAUGGAUCAUCUAAAAUGGGCAACAGCAGCUCACUUAUGCUACGAGAUGAAGAGAUUGACGAAAUUGCGAAAGAAACCGAAUUCAACAGAAAUCAAAUCGUUCGCUUAUACAGUCGCUUCUUGUCGCUCGAUAAGAAAGGUCAAGGAUUCCUAUCGCGUGACGAUUUCUUAAAUGUACCAGAAUUGGCAGUUAAUCCAUUAGGCGAUCGUAUCGUAGAUGCUUUCUUUACUUUGGCUGGCGAAAAUGAACAGCAGCUGAAUUUCCGUCAAUUCGUUCGAAUUUUAGCGCAUUUCCAGCCCAUAAAUCGAUCGAAAAAGAACGCACUAAAUGGAAGAAAAGAAAAACUGAAGUUCGCAUUCCAAAUGUAUGACUUGAACAAAAAUGGCUACAUCACACGUGAAGAAUUCAAAGUGAUAUUGAACAGUAUGGUGGGAGCAAACAUCACUGCCGAACAGCUUGAUAAAAUUGCUGAUAGGACCAUCGAAGAGGCAGAUGGUGAUAAUGAUGGACGAAUCUCAUUUGAGGAAUUCUGUCGGGCCAUGGAGAAGACCGAUAUAGAAGAAAAGAUGUCGAUUCGAUUUUUGAACUAGAUGCCCAAUCCAUUCCUUUCUCUCUAUAGUCAAGUGCCCAGACAAAUUCAAAAAUUGCGUACGGUUAUCUGUCGCGUUCCAUAUAGCAUACACAUCUCCUAACGCGUACUGUCAAUGACGGUAUAUAAGUUUAUAAGUUAGUGCCUAGACUAAAAACAUGUCGUUUGUACUCUAUUUUUUCAUGUUUUUAUCAAUCGGUUAAUGAUUGAAACAACGCUUGUAUUUGCAUAAUGAUGUCAUUAUGUAUUUCCAAAAAGAGUUCAUUUACUUUCACUUUAGUACUACUUUUUCCAUAUUUAGAAAAAGCUCAUACUGAUUCCCGAAGAGAAAAGUUUGUGAUAUACAUAUUGUUUCAUAUUGAGUUUUGUACUGCUUUCUCAUGUACAUUUUCUUUUCUUAAGUUUUGUGUGUCUGUGACAGAAUCAGUCUCUGUUCACUGUGUGUUUUUCACGAAGUAAGGUAUAAAG